AUGUUAUCGCCACAAUUUCUAAUUGUCAGCCUAAUCGCAGGGCUAGAACUGCUUUCCCUGGCCGAUGGUGAUCCCAUGAUAGAGGUCUUCAGAUGGAAACAAAUGGACUUUUACAAUCGCGGGGAUGUACACCCGGUGUUGGGCGGCAGACGUGACAGGCCCAGCCACUCAGCCCCCGUUGUCUUUCCUGGGAGAUAUUCUCGUCAGAAGCGUGAGAUUAUGACCUCCCGCGACUCUCCGGUAGUAAUAAAGAGCCGUGUUGACAGUGAUGACCCCAAUGCCCCCUACAUUCCGUACAACAACGUGCCCAUGGGCGUUACUCAUUUCCGGGGACGACUCUUUGUCACGAUGCCCCGCCGCCGGGUGGGCAUCCCGUCCACCUUGAACUACAUCGAUGUGGCCAAGGAGGGAUCAAACCCGAGCCCCAAGCUGCAGGCCUAUCCCAACUUUGCGCUCAACCAGUUCAACGCGAGUGCGGAAAACAUUGUGUCUGUCUAUAGGACCUCGGUGGAUGCCUGCCAGCGCCUCUGGUUCAUCGACACUGGAAUGCUGGAGUACCCAAAUAACCGCCAACAGAUUCGGCGUCCCAGCAUUUGGGUAGUUGACCUGGCCACGGAUCGAGUGCUGAAACGCUUUGACAUUCCGCAGAGCAUCGCGGAGACGGGUCGCGGCUUGGCCAGUAUCACCGUCGAUGUGAAAGCGGGUCAGUGCGGCGAUGCCUACGCUUACAUUCCGGAUCUGGUGUACCGCCGACUGUACGUCUAUCACCUGCGAGACGAUCGGAUGUGGGCCUUCGAGCACAACUACUUUAACUUCGAUCCACUUUCGGGGGAUCUAAGCAUUGGCGGGCAGACCUUCCGCUGGGAUGACGGCAUCUUCUCGGUCACUUUGGGAGCCCAUAAGCCAGAUGGCAGCCGGGAUGUCUACUUCCAUCCCAUGGCCAGCACGAAUGAGUUUGUGGUGUCCACACGGGUUCUGCAGCAGGAGUCCAAUGCAGCUCGCUCCGAUCACGGCAACGAUUUCCGGGUGCUAGGAAGCCGAGGGCCAUCCACUCAAUCGACUAUGCAUGGCUAUGAUCCCGGCACCGGAGUGAUAUUCUUCGCCGAAAUCCAGAAAAACGGAGUGGGAUGCUGGAGGCCAACCACGCCAAUCUCCGCGAGAAACUAUGGCUCUGUGGACUCCAAUGCUAUGGAUAUGAUUUAUCCCAGCGACUUGUCGAUCGACGAGGACGGAACCAUUUGGGUGAUGUCCAACUCCAUGCCCAUCUUUAUCUAUUCCACGUUGGAUACGAAUAUAUACAAUUUCCGGAUCUGGAAACAAAAGGCUUCGCUGGCCAAGAGGGGAACAGUUUGUGAGUGAUUUGUGUGGGAUUACAUUAAAGAAUGUUUCACAAGUAUGUUUUUUAGUUAUAAGUGAAUUGAAAUUAGCCACUGAGCAUAUUUACAUAUAAAAUAAAAAAAAUUGGACUAAAACCUGAAAA